AAAGCCGAGGAAUACAGUAGUGAAUAUAAUUCACUUCUUGGUGAUGACCCAGAAAGCUUUUGGGGUGAGGAUGAAAAAGAUAAAGUAGACGCGGAGAUAGGAUAUAGCGAGUUAUUGGACGUGGUUAAGGAAAGAGGUAUAGUUGAGAGUAAAGAGGUUGAGAGCAUUGAAGAGUUGAAUGAACGUGUUAAGAACGUGGAGGAAAAGAUUGGUAGAGUUUUGGAGUUAUUAGAGAAAAAGGGAGGUGAUCCAUAA